CCCCCCCCCUCCUCCCAACGCGGAGAAGAUCGCCCAAAUGUUCCAAUCAAUUCGACCCUAUGUCCCCGAUGAAUUCCGCGACGACCCGAUGUACGCGAAGCCCAGCGAGCGACAGCAAGAAAAAGCCAAAACCGCGAAGCAAGUGCGACGUACUCAACGUGCGGCAAUGGCUGUGGCAGCCAAACGAAACCAAGAUCAGCAGGGGAAGAGAGAGCGCAGACGACUCCGUGAAGACACCCGCAGCAAAACACCACACUCUCAGGCUAAGAAGCGAAAGACCACAGAGUGAUGGCGAUAUAGCGAGCUCACUGUCAAACAAUGUUGCUUAUCUCCAGAAAAAAUCAAAAUGUUACUUAUGGUC